CCUCUAAUGAGCAGAUCAGUUAGUCGAAAGGCGACGUGAAAAAAUUCGUAAUAAUUAAUAUUAAUAUAAUAAUUACAAAACUGAUUUGAAACAAAGCCGAGCUUUUGCGUGGUUCGCGGGCGGAGUUGUGAGUGCGUGGGAAAAGCAAAUUGAAAACACAGCUAACGAAGGGAAAAAGUGGAACAGAGCCAGAGUGAAAAUCAGCAAAAUAUCGAAAUCACGAAAUUGAAUGCCAGAAAACAAACAAAAAGAAGCGGAUCAACAAAGGAAAAUCAGUAAUUAUUUGGUCUCCAGCUGUGACAGAUGAUGGCCUAAAAUGGCGGCUACACCACCAAUGCCGCCCGGAUCAAGCACCCACCAAUUGAAUGGCAAACCGAACGGCAAGGGCAACCCCCUAACCGACGCUAUCAAUCAGCACUUUCAGCGGAAGAACCAGAAUCAGAACCACCAGAGUCCUAGUCCCAACCAAAACCCGAACUCCAGCAGUCCCAUCACUUCCAGUCGCAGUGGGAGCAAUGAGCAGCUGGAGCUGCUGGAUUAUCCAUCGCAUACCCAGCUGCAGCAGGAAGCCAACGGCGGCAAGGCCAAGCCAAGUUGUCAUUGCACCAACAUUAGUAUUAUGCAUCUGUUCCAUGAGAUGAAGCAGGAGUUCCCCACGAUACCCGAUGCCAUAGUUACGCAAUGCGUCAAUGAGAAUUGCCAUCAGCGCGACAACUGCAUCCAGAUGUUGAGGAAGGAGCUAGCCCUGCAUCCUAUACCAGUGCAAAGCUAUCCGGCCAAGGUGUUGCAACAGCAGCAACAGCAUCAGAAUAGGCAGGCCAAGCCGCCGACACCGCUGAAGCCGUCGCGGGUAGCACCACCACAUCCGGAAGUGGGGCUGAGCAAUGGAGUGGUUACUCCGCCAGCUGGUGGUAGCCCGCAUCUUAAUUCGCAACCCAGGCCACGACCCACAACGCUUAAUCUGCAGCGUCAGUUUAGCACCCAGCUGCAGCAGAAGAUUCAGCAGCGCCAGCAGCGUCAGCAGAGGGAUAAUCAGCCGCCCCAGCUGACGCCCACGUCCUUGAGCAAGCCACUGCGCCGGGCACCGCCACUUCCGCCGCCACCGAAACCAAAGCCCGGAAGCUUCUCCAACGAUUCCUCCUGUCUCACCAGUCCCAUGAGCUCUAGCGAAUCGGAGCUCUCGCUCAAUGCGGUUUCUUUAUCAUCGCCUACGUCGACAGCGAUGGCGACUACAGCUGUACAGGGAGCGUCGGCAGCAAUCGCAUCAGCGCAACAACAGCAACCCUCGCCUGUGCGACAUCGCUCAGUCAUUACGCUUCAGCCAGAGCCGCCGUACGCUCGCGACUUUCGCAGCAUUGACUUUCCGCCGGCGACGACGACGACAACGUCUACGCCGCCACUUCCCUCGCCUAGCUCGGCAGCAUCACCAGGUGCUGCUGGCGGACGCAAGAGCUUUACCUCGCUCAAUCUCACAUUGCGCCAGCCGACGGGAUCGGCGCAAUCGGCCAUCGACAUCACCGCCGGUCCGGCGCCCAGUGGCCAGGGCAGCGGGAUUACCUACUCCAGCGUUAGCUUCGACGCGCGUCGGGGAACGCACAAGAACUUCCAGCUGACGGUGACGGACGAGGGCAGCGUAUUCAGUGCGGGCUGCAUUCGACCGAGGGCUCCAUACGCCUCUCCUUGUGAGCCGGUGGCCAGUGUUCCGGCGAAUCAGCAACCUCCUCCGCCGGCCGCACUGGUGACCGAUGGACUUGGGGACGCCGAAAUGACGUCGGACGUGUUUCCCUAUCCCACGCAGGAGCAGAACCACAUUGUGGCCUCCAAUUACAACAAUAACCAUGCCGUCAGCAGCAAUAACAACGGCGGGAUCAGCAGCAGCGUAGACAGUAGUCCCACCAUGCCGCUUUACGAAGGCGUCAUGGAGGAGUGCGAUCGCGAAGCCCAUGCCGCCACCAUUGAGCGGCAGAAGCAGCGGCGCGACAAGCUGGCCAAUGCGCUGAGGGACAACAAGAAGCGGCUGCUGGUCCUGGAGCAGGAGAUCAACAUCCUGACCGAGCCGGUGCCGGUGGGCGAAUCUGAAAGACUGGAUAGAGAUAUCAUGCGACUGACUGAGGACUGUCAGCGGUUGCUUGACUGCAUAAACGAACCGCAGGCGAAUGGCCCUGGUUCCGCGGCCCAUCCCAUGAACCGCCAGCACCCGUCACCCGUCAGUAAUGCCCCACAGCAGCCACAGCCACAGCCAUUCCCGCGCCAGCGUCAAGGUGCUCGCGUCCAGGCGCCGCCCAGUUCACUGCGUCUGCACUCGGUGCCGGCAGCACCCACCGCCCAGCCGGUCAGCCUGGACUUUGGCCAGCACCACAGCAGUGCUCCAACCUCGGCCUGCCUGACGCCCCAGCAGCAGAGCCAUCAGCAGCAGCAGCACUUUCAGCUGCAGCAGGAGCCGCCACCCACGUACGCCCAGUACUACCAGUUCCAGCAAUACCUGCAGCAGCAGCGACAGCAACAAUUGCACCAGCAACAGUUGCAGCACCAGCAACAGCUGCAGCACCAGCAACAGCAACAGUUGCAACAGCUGCCGCAGACACAGCAGGAGGAGGAAUUCCUGUCCGACUCCGAUGUGGACGAGGAGGAGGAGACACUGGACUCCUGGGCCUGCAAAAUGUGUACAUUCCGCAACCAUCCGCAACUCAAUAUUUGCGAGGCCUGUGAGAACGUUAGGAUCCAGCCGGCCCCUAUGCUGAGUCGUGAGGACAUACAUAUAACUCUCUCGCCGGGCGAAAAUCGUAUUAUACACUCCUGGAUACUAUCAUGACAGUCGGCCAAACGAUCACCAUGAGAACAUAGACAACCCCAGAGAUAUCUUGAUUCUUAAACUGAAUUUCGGUUUACUUUUCGGAAACUAUUCUAAGGUUUUGUAAAAAGAUGUGAGGAAAUAUUUAGCCCAAUGCUGCUGGCAGCAAAUUUUGUAUUUUCUGUACUACAUAAGGCACUAUUAUACUUUGAAUCCGUAAGAAAAGACUUUUAGUAACGUCGCAGCAACUGAAACUAGCUAAUGUUAAUUGUAAGAGAACCGUGUACAUUUUGUAAAUAUUCGCUAAGCUAACAGAUAAAUAUAUGAGUUAGGGGUUUUCUACAAGAGAAAUAGAAAAGGUCAACUAGCAAAGAAACUUUUGUAAGCUUUUCAAAAGCCGCAUAUUUAACG